GUCGGGACGCUCUUCCCUCCCAGCUCCCUGACCCAGCACAAACCCCGCCGGCACCAAGGUCUCUCUGCCCUCCGCACCGGGGCGGCGAGACCCAAACUGCGGGGUCAGAAUCACGGGUCAGUCAGCCCCCGAACAACCCCUGAAAAUCCUGCGCCCUCCACCCCCGCAGCCUCCGAAAGCAACAGCUGCUGCUCGUGGGGAACCCGGAUUUUAUUGAAAACGAGGAUUAACCAGCCCGGCUCAGCAGAUAAGGGGUACGGGGGCGCUGAGCCCCCAAAGUACGAGCGGGGAUCCGCCACCAACUACAUCACCCGCAACAGGGCACGGAAGAAGCUGCAGCUGAGCCUGCCCGACUUCAGGCGCCUCUGCAUCCUGAAGGGGAUUUACCCCCAUGAGCCCAAGCACAAGAAGAAGGUGAACAAAGGCUCCACCGCAGCCAGGACCUUCUACCUCCUCAAGGACAUCAAAUUCCUCCUUCACGAGCCCAUCGUCAACAAGUUCCGGGAGUACAAGGUCUUUGUGCGGAAACUCCGGAAAGCGUACGGGAAGAGCGAGUGGAGCACCGUAGACCGGCUGAAGGACAACAAGCCCAGCUACAAGCUCGACCACAUCGUGAAAGAGAGGUACCCAACCUUCGUAGAUGCUCUGCGGGACCUGGACGAUGCCCUCUCCAUGUGCUUCCUUUUCUCUACCUUCCCACGGUCGGGCAAGUGCCACGUCCAGACCAUCCAGCUCUGCCGGCGCCUGGCCGUGGAGUUCCUCAACUACGUGAUCGUGUCCCGCUCUCUGCGCAAGGUCUUCCUCUCCAUCAAGGGCAUCUACUACCAGGCCGAGGUGCUGGGGCAGCCCGUCACCUGGAUCACCCCUUAUGCCUUCGCCCACGACCACCCCACAGACGUGGAUUACCGCGUGAUGGCCACCUUCACCGAGUUUUACACCACCCUCCUGGGCUUCGUCAACUUUCGCCUCUACCAGUCCCUCAACCUGCUCUACCCCCCCAAGAUCGACGGCCAGGCUGAUGUUGAGCUGAAGCCCGCGGAGGGCAAGGAGUACGCCAUGGACUCGGAGAGCUACCUGGAGAAACUGUCGGCUCUGAGCGCCAGCCUGGCCCGUGCGGUGGCACCGACCCACGAGGACGAGGUGGAGAUGGACGAGUUCCCAGUGGAGGGGGAGACGGCAGAGCAGCUGGACGCGAGGAAGAAGGAGCAGGAGGCCCUGGAGAAGCACAAAAAGCUGUUUGAAGGGCUGCGCUUCUUCCUCAACAGGGAGGUGCCUCGGGAGCCGCUGGCCUUCAUCAUCCGGUGCUUUGGUGGCCAGGUCUCCUGGGACAAGUCCCUGUGCAUCGGUGCCACCUACGACGUCAGCGACCCCUCCAUCACCCACCAGAUCGUUGACCGGCCCCGGGUGGAGCGGCAGGUCGUUGGCAGGUAUUACCUGCAGCCUCAGUGGGUUUUCGACUCCGUCAACGCCAAGCUGUGCCUCCCCGUAGCCGACUACUUCCCUGGGGUGCUGCUGCCCCCGCACCUCUCACCCUUCGUGACGGAGCAGGAAGGAGACUACGUCCCUCCCGAGAAGCUGAAGCUGCUGGCCAUGCAGCGGGGCGAGAACCCAGAUGAAGAGAGUGAGGAGGAGGAGGAGGAGGAAGAAGAGGAGGAAGAGGAGGAUGACAAUGACAAAGAAGAGGAGGAGGAAGAUGAGUCUGAAAAGGAAGAGGAGAUGAAAUUAAAGAAGUUGGAAGAGCAGAAGACUCAGAGCAGCAAGGCGCUUCCUGUGAAGGUGACCGCUGGCAAGGUGCGGCUGGAGGACAAGCAGCGCCUGGAGCAGGAGCAGCAAAGCGAGGAGAAGCGCCUGGCCAUCAUGAUGAUGAAGAAAAGGGAGAAAUACCUCUACAAGAAGAUCAUGUUUGGCAAGAAGCGCAAAGUCCGAGAGGCGAACAAACUGGCUGCGAAGAGGAAAGCCCACGACACCGCUGUCAAAGAGGAGAAAAAGAAAAGCAAGAAGGCGCGAUGAGCGUGACGGGACCCGGGGGCUCCCUGCGGGGGCUGGCUGGCCACCCGUGCCCUGCGGACACCAUCGUCUUUGGGUGAAAAACCCUCACCUUUGGUCUUGGGACAGAAAUGCUAAAUUAAAACAUUUCCCGUCUGUAAAUACACUUCCCGCUGUCCCUUUCCAAGGGCUCCCUCGGCUCCCCUCCACCGUUGCCACUGCCCGUCCUGGGCUGCAGGAUUGGUGUCAUGGGGACUGACCUCCUCGUGCCGCUGCUCCCUCUGCUGCCCGCCCCACAGGGGUGGUGGGCGAGGAAGAGGAGGCCAAGGAGAGCUCUGGGCUCUUGCAGGUCCCUCCGGGAUUGUUCCUUUGGAAUUUGCACAGCCCUGGGUGGAGGAGCCAGGCCCUCGUGGCUUCGCCCCAGCUUUGGCAGAGUCGUCCAUGGUGGAGGGGAGCCCGUCCUCUGCUCGGCCCAGAGCUGCCCUCCAGCAUCUGCGUGGCAGGCCGCACUUCUCUUGUACUUUUUAUUUUUGAAUAAAGAAGGCGACGCUUCCCUGUG